ACCUGCCCAGCAGUCUGCAACGGUUUACUACGACCGUGAAGGCAUAUGUUGGCAGUUACGAUCUAGUAAAGUACCUAGGUAACUGCCAUCGUCCGUCCUAGCACUUGGCAAAGGCAGUCUGGACCCACUUUGCAACUGAGUCAGAGCCGUCGAGAGUGUAAAUACUGCUGGUUGUCUACUCUGGUGAUGAGCUUUGGCCCUUGUCGAAUAGUAUAAAUACUCAAGGGAAAUCGUCUCGUAACCUACCAUUCAACUUUUCCACCAUCCAACUUUUUAACUUGAAACUUGAAUUUCUCGUCACUCAUUCACUACUAUUCCUUACUUUCGUACACCAUCAUCCCCAACGUUUACUCUCGUUCGUCACUUUCAGUCUGACCCAUCAUUAUCAUCGAUCAUUUAAUUCACCAUCGUUGACCAUUCUGGUGGACUACCGUUGACCGUUUCCGUCUACUUUCAUUUUAUCACUCAUCUCCGAUUGACCACUCUCGUCAAUUAUCGCCGACUCACCCCAGAGUUCCUGAUCAACCCAAGUCAUCAUCCACAUCGUCAGGAUGGACCGAUCCCACUACAAACUGUCGCGCCUAGAGCGCCUGCCAACAGAGCUCAUCGCGAUGAUUCUUUGCGAAUUAGACUGCGUCGGCACCUUGAUGAACGCCAUUCGUGCUUCUCCAAGACUCUGGUAUGUCUAUUUGGAGUUUAUGUCACUCAAGAAGUACUCCAGAAUCGCGACACGCGUCCUAUAUAACCAACUGGACACAUACGAUGUGCGACACGCAGCAAUUUCGGCGUUGCGGUAUAAUGCAAUCUUCGCGGGUAUGACGGACAUAAAUGAAGUGAAGUAUUUCUUCACGAACUAUUACAACCACCCAUCUGUGGUAAAGCUAGACUGCCCAUGGAUGUAUUACAACGACAUGGCCUCCGUCAAUAAAUUGCAUGGCACCGUCUCCCGCCUCGCCGACACCUACCUCAAAGGCAUACCCGGAAUAUGGGGUGGCAGACCCGGAAUAUGGACGAAUCCAACAGUAUCUGAGAAAGGUCGUGUCAUGCGCGCCCUGUACUAUCUCGAAAUGUACUUUAAUCUCGUUCGCGAGCAUUGGAUAUUGCCUGAGAUGGACGAAGGCGAUGAAAUUGCACUAGCCCAUGGCGAUCAACAUAGGUUUGCCGAUAUGGACUGCCUUCUCCAGCAGUUCGCGCCCUGGGAAAACGAGCAAAUGACCAGCGUCUGGGAGUUCCUUGUAGCUCUGGUGGUAGAAGGUGAGAAGUCUAACAUCAUUGAAUCUUGGCGAUGUACCAGUAUAGAGCUAAUACUUGCAAGCAGCUUACAAAGAAGUAGAAGAGCAUCCCGUGGCCAAGUGGUGCACUGGUCUCGAAAAGUAUCCGGAUGAUUGGUCUAAGAAUCUGUCGAUUUCCAGAGAGUCUCCCCAGAACAUUAUGCUCCUGGGAUUACGCGACAUGGAGAUUGUCAUCUCUAAGGACCAUGACAUUGAGGAGCGAAAAUCUCUUUGGUUAGGGAGACCCCGUGCUCCUCGAAGCAGAGAGGUUCGUAGCUUCUUUUUCGACUUAACGUCGAGAUCCUUCAUACACAGUAUAAGUUCAUGGCCGGGCGUGUACGGCAAGCAACCGGAUGCCUUGGUUAGGACGAUAAAGGAUCCCCAGCAUUGGGAUUCUCAGUUCAUGCCGUUAUAUUACUCGGAGCCCGACGAUGGUCCUUUCUUGAUGUGGAAGAUUAUGUACGGCGAGUUGAGAACGCGUUGGGCUGUCUACGAAAUGAGAGAUACACAUAUGUUGUGGCGAAGGAAUGGAUACUGCUUCUGGGAUAGGGCUCGUAUCGAGGCCAUCCGCAACAUCCAUGUCGAGGCCGGCGAUGAUUCUCUCGAUGCAUGGAAUAUAGGGCAUUUGCAGCACUAUUUAAGCCAGGGUCAGCUAUAAGUUGGUCCUUGAUGGGAUAUCUGGCCGCCUGGAAAUUAGAGGGUUUGGGUUUGGGUUUGGGAGUUGGGAAGUUUGGGGCGCCCGGAGUUUGGUAGCUGAGUCGAG